UGUUGUAUUGGUUUGUUGCCUUUGCCUACCGUGCUUGAAUCUCCUUAAAAAGAACGAGUUUUGUGUGCUGCCUCACCUUGAUUAAAUUUGUUUGUCACCAAAAUUUCAUAAUUUUUUCUGGUCAUUUUCUUGUAAUUUCACCAAUAGAUUCUUAUAACUUUUUCUUUCUUUUCUUCAUAUCCAAUCUUUAUUGUUCAUUUUUAACUUCUAUAAUUAAUCAUUUUUUGGUAUUGUCAUUGGCUCGCUCGCACUCUUUCUUCAGAUCAUAUGGUAUGGAGCAUGGAUGAAGAGAUCUAAUGAGAACAAGAAGCUACUAAAUGCAACACUUCUAUUGAUGUUGGCAAAUGUAUCAAGCAUGGCGAUUUUAGUUGAUCAUAGUUUCUCUAAUGCAUGUGUUGGAGAAUCAAGAGAUGGGUCCUCGGCUGUACGAUUUUCAACCGGUGAUACAAUUUCCAUGAAUGCUAUUAUCCUUCCGAAGGAUGAUGACAUGAAUGACCUUCCUUAUGCAUGCUUAGCCAUAUUUAGAUCUCGCUUUGCAAAGAUGGAUGGUGCAGUUUCUGGGGUGUGCUUUACGUGUCAAAACCAAAACCAAACAAGGGCAGUGAGUCUUUUUGUAUGGAAAUCCCUCCAAUUGUGCUACUCAUGGAUUCUAACAUCCGAUUAUCGUAAGACAAUUUUGCCUUAUUUUGAUAACCUUCCUCUUCAAUACAAGUAUGACAUCUUUCGGGUGGUCUAUGCUAGUAGUGAUGAUGUACUAAACUUUCAGUCUAAUCUUUCCUCAUCAUCAAAUGUAGAAAAAUGAAGUGGAAAGUAAACAAGGAAGCAAGGCGGUGCAAGAUUGGGAGUGAAUUGUAAAGCAUAUUAAGUAGUUGCACCAUUUAAUUUUGGAUUUGUAAUUUAAGUUGGUUUAUAUUAUGGGUUUUUCACCAAUGAAAUUGAACAUUUUUAUACAAUUAUAGAUUAUAGAUAUAGAUGUGUAAAUAAAACUUAUUUCAUUCCUUCUAAUUCACCUUUUCUUUCUCCAUGACCAUCUUCUUACUUUUCCCUCGAGUUAGUUUCCUUUUUACUAAUCUGCCUCUUGGA